AUUUAAAACUAAUAAUGGGAUAUGGACCAUCUAGAAUUAAUUUGAAUGGCCUAAAAUGUAAGUAGAUUUAUAAACCGCUAUGAACACCUAUGUACAAAAAACUCAUAUUUUGCACAUUCAUAUACACUAUAAAAAUAAUGUUCUGGUAGGGGAUAUGUAGCCAUUGUAGUAGUGAUGGUUUUAAUCCCAACAAUCCAGGUAGCGAGUGGCUUUAGAAACCGCUACUAUGUAUAAAGCCAUCGUAACGAAGCAUAUAUAUAAUUUCUUCUUUAGGGACAGCAACACAUUUUACUUACAAAUGUUGUUGUUCUCAUAACUAUUAUGUAAUAAAAUUUUCAAAAAAAGAAAAAAAAGUCUCUUAGAGAACAACUUUAAAUUUUACUUUUGUUUUUUUAACUUCAUUUACUCUGUUGUCAAUACAUCUUUCCAUGAAUGUUUUUUGCUUUUCAGAUGAAGAAAAUAGGAAGAAACUAGAUUGGAAAGGAAGACUAAAUAUUAUUAAUGGAAUUGCAAGAGGAUUAUUAUAUCUUCAUGAGGACUUACGACUUAGAGUAAUUCAUAGAAAUCUAAAAGUUAGCAAUAUUCUUUCGGAUUAUGAUAUGAAAUCUAAAAUAUCAGAUUUUGAAUUAACAAUGACUUUUGAAGGAGCCCAAAAUCAAGGAAAUACAAAACGCAUAAUGGGUACAUUGUAAGUGUUUGGAUACAACUUGAUCAUUUUUCUUUUUUCCUUUUUCCCUUGAAAAUUAGUUUUUAAAUGAUAGCUAGACUGCUAUUUGAAUUGAUUGAAAAUAGUGGUUAUAUGACUUUUGAAUAUGCUAUCGAAGGAUUUUUUUCAGUGAGAUUAGAUGGUUUUAGUUUUGGAGUUCUUUUACUGGAAAUUAUAUGUGGAAAAAGGAUUAGGGACUUUCACCUCUCUGAAGAUGGUCAAAGUCUUCUAUUUUAUGCUUGGAAUUUGUGGUGUGAAGAAAAAUGUUUGGAAUUGCUGGACCCACUGCUAGAAGAUUCAUAUGCAGAAAUUGAUGUCUUGAAGUGCAUACACAUUGGUUUGCUUUGUGUUCAAGAAGAUCCAAGAGACAGGCCAACCAUGUUCGCUGUUGUAGCCAAGCUUGCAAGUGACACAAUGUUAUUUCCCGAUCCUAAUCGCCCAGCAUUUUCAAUUGGAAGAAUGGUCCUUGGAGAUUCAUCUUCAUCAAAAAAUUCCAAAGAUCCUUAUUUUGAAGAGGUAACCAUGUCUCACAUCAAAUCCGGGUGACAUAACUAAUUUCAUAGAGAGAUGGAUCCUCUAUAGCAACUGCUCAAUCUAGUGAGAAUUAAUAGAGAUAUAGAGAAUGGUGGAACCCACUUGAUAUAUGGAUCCCAUUAUUUUCUUCAUCUCUCUUUAGCAAGAUCAUUAAGAUAUUUGAAGAGGGUUUGGAACAAAAUUUAAUCAGCCAUGAAGAUUGAAGACCAAAUGAUGAAGUACUAAAAGCGUUCUAGGUUUUGACAUAUUAGAGCAAAUCACGUAGGUUCAUGCCUACCAAAUAUGUUUGUGCGAGUACACAUGACUUGCUCAUGUGUCAUAUUGUUAUCAGAUGAGAUUUUGAUGAGAAGAUCCGAAAAAUUAUUCUAAAAGAUUAUCCUUUACUAUAUUAAAAGAAAAAGGCUUCUUAUUCACCAUGACAA